CAAACACUACAGCAGUCCGGAGCGGAGCAGUGCAGUUGCGCCAGAGUGCGGCGCGUCCAGGGAAGAGAUACUGUCAGUGCCGUUCUCCGGCUCAACUCGAACUCUCUGCGCUUCUUUUGCUUCCCUUUUCAACAUUAUACCGAGGUCGGGGUGCGUCUACUUUCUGGACAUAUAUGCUGCAGUGUAUUACGGGGCGCGUUAGAUAGCGUCUCUAACAGACCUGACGCGUUUUGACGUCAUCCGGCGUUUCAGGGGUUGGAUUAUUUCAUUUAUAGCAGCGGGACUACGUUAAACUAGAGGCAUAUCAUAUCAAGUGUUAUAGUUACACUCGCUUUCGGUCAGACAUGGAAGAUGGUCCGUCUUCAACAAGCUGUUUCCGAAGGUUUACGGACCGUUUCCUUGGCUCAAGUCUGACAGAUGAGAAAGUGAAGGCUUAUCUGUCCCUCCACCCGCAAAUGCUGGACGAGUUUGUGCUGGAGAGUGUGAGCGCAGACACCGUACACAAGUGGCUCAAACGCAAGAACAGCGUUCAGCCUGCAGAUGAUUCCUCAGCUAAAGAAGUCAGUAGGUACCAGGAUACAAAUAUGCAGAGCGUGGUAUAUGAGCUGAACAGCUAUAUGGAGCAGGGGCUGGACACUGGAGGAGACAACAAACUGCUGCUCUAUGAGUUGUGCAACAUCAUUAAAACAGCCACUAAAGCUGAUGGAUUUGCACUUUACUUUCUUGGAGAAUGCAACAAUAGUUUAUGUUUGUUCACUCCAACGGGGGCAAAAGAGGGGCUUCCUGGGCUCAUCCCUUCUGGUCCCAUCACUUUUGGGACCACCAUCACCGCUCAUGUUGCAAAGACACGCAAGACACUACUUGUAGAGGACAUCAUGGGGGAUGAGCGGUUCCCUCAUGGCACAGGGCAGGACUCAGGGAUUCGUGUUCACUCUGUUUUGUGUCUACCCAUCCUCACCGCCAUCGGAGACCUCAUUGCCAUCCUGGAGCUUCACCGGCAUUGCGGCCGAAAGCCCUUCAACCUCAGCCAUCAGGAGGUUGCAACAGCAAAUUUGGCCUGGGCAUCUGUAGCCAUACACCAGGUUCAGGUCUGCAGAGGUCUUGCCAAACAGACAGAACUCAAUGACUUUCUUCUAGAUGUGUCAAAAACGUACUUUGACAACAUAGUGGCAAUAGAUUCUCUACUUGAACAUAUCAUGAUAUAUGCAAAAAACCUGGUUAAUGCGGACAGAUGUGCGCUCUUCCAGGUAGAUCACAAUAACAAAGAGCUGUACUCUGAUCUGUUUGAUAUUGGGGAGGAGAACGAAGGGAAGCCUGUCUUUAGGAAAACCAAAGAAAUUAGGUUUUCCAUAGAGAAAGGAAUAGCCGGUCAGGUUGCACGAACGGGAGAAGUUUUGAAUAUUCCGGAUGCCUAUGCAGACCCACGUUUCAACAGAGAAGUAGAUCUCUACACUGGCUACACAACACGCAACAUCCUGUGCAUGCCCAUCGUCAGCCGUGGGACUGUGAUUGGUGUUGUACAAAUGGUGAACAAGAUGGGAGGAAGUGCCUUCACUAAAACUGAUGAGAACAACUUUAAGAUGUUUGCUGUCUUCUGUGCUUUGGCCUUACACUGUGCAAAUAUGUAUCACCGGAUAAGACAUUCAGAGUGCAUUUACCGGGUGACAAUGGAGAAGCUUUCAUACCACAGUAUCUGCACGUCAGAGGAGUUGAAGACCCUCACGCAGCUCUCGCUCCCUUCAGCCAUAUACAAAGAGAUUGAAAUGUUUCACUUUGACAUUGCCCCUUUUGAAGAACUUUGGCCUGCAAUAUUUGUGUACAUGGUUCACAGUUCUUGUGGGAAAACCAGCUUUGAGCUGGAGAAACUGUGUCGCUUCACUAUGUCAGUGCGGAAAAAUUACAGACGAGUUCCAUACCACAACUGGAAACACGCCUUGACGGUGGCACAUUGUAUGUAUGUCAUUCUGCAAAAGACCUCUGGGAUUUUCACAGAGCUUGAGAGGAAAGGGUUGUUGAUUGCCUGCUUAUGUCAUGAUUUGGACCACCGUGGCUACAGUAACAGUUACCUGCAGAAGUUUGAUCAUCCGCUGGCCGCCCUGUAUUCCACAUCCACAAUGGAACAGCAUCAUUUUUCCCAGACAGUGUCCAUCCUGCAGCUGGAAGGGCACAAUAUUUUCUCCAACCUGACUUCCAGUGAGUAUGAGCAGGUGUUGGAGAUCAUAAGGAAGGCCAUCAUUGCCACAGAUCUCGCUCUGUAUUUUGGCAACCGUAAACAACUGGCUGAAAUGCUGGCCACAGGGGCACUGGACCUGAACAACCGUGCUCACAGGGACCGUGUGUUUGGUCUGAUGAUGACUGCCUGUGACCUCUGCUCUGUUACCAAACUAUGGCCAGUCACACGACUCACAGCCAAUGACAUCUAUGCUGAGUUUUGGGCUGAGGGGGACGAAAUGAAGAAGACUGGAAUGCAGCCCAUCCCUAUGAUGGACAGGGAUAAGAAGGAUGAAGUUCCCCAGGGUCAGGUGGGGUUUUACAAUGCGGUGGCUCUUCCCUGUUAUACAACCCUGUCAGAGUUGUUUCCUCCCUCCAUUCCUCUACUUACUGCCUGCAGGGAAAACUUGGCCCAAUGGGAACGAAUUGUGCAAGGAGAGGACAUCUCAACGUGGGCGUCCACCGAGGAGGCUGAACUGAGCGAGACAUCAGACAGUGACCAGUCAGAGUGGACAACUGAAUCUGUGGUACCAACACAGCAACACCUACACCCUGCCAGAGACACUGGACUUCCUGUGGACAGUCCCACAUCAUGCAGAGACAGGAGGAAGCAAAGAUGGCAGGCGGGGAAGGACACAUUAAGAAAAUAAACAAAACAUAAUGUUACCUCAGUAGGUGACAGAGGCGUACACUGAUGACAUCAGGGCAUCGUUGUUGUCUGGCACUCAAUUCUGCUCUGUGUGGGAAUCUUUCGGCAAAAUGGACGUCAUUAUUGUCAGGUCGCUUUUGCAUAUUUUAGAUGAUUAUUUUUUUUGUGUUUUUUUUUAAUCAGCUUAUUUUGCGGUCUUACAAUUAAAGAGGCCUUAAAAUACGAACCUGAGUUACGAUCCAAUGACUCGUAACUAGAAGACGGUUCGAGUAGUUUAAAAUGGUACUUUAUGUCCUGCUGUGGUCAAAAAGUUGUACGCAAAGCUACUUGAAUGGUUCAAGAGGGACACAAGGAAUGUUUAGUCAAACUUAAAGUGCAUGUGGCACGGUAAACCCACCACUCUGGUGGUCUGCUGAAGGUUUUCUAUAAUACUUUGAGCAAAAAUGUUUUGCAGUACUUGAAAGAAGAAAUACAGCUUAAUUUGUGUGGAGUUGAAAACAAAAAUCCCCCACAGCACAUCCGUCCAAAGCAAAGAGCUUCUGUGAUGCCAUAAGUUAUUUGAGUCACAUGCAGGCCACAGCACUCUCUGCUGAUUCUACCAUCCUGAUAAGAAGAUCAGCUUUAACCUGUCACUUUAACUCUUAACAUUACUGAUUUUAAAGAGGUCAUAUCAUAAGGAAUCAAAUUUUCCUUGAUCUUUUGAGAUAAAAGUGCAUGAUGUACUUUAAAAACUAUGAUACGAUUAUUCUUAAACACCAAAAGAACUAAGAAUAAGAGUAAAAUGUCGAAAAUAUGUGCUGUUUCUGACUGUGUGUAGCACCUGCCGCUCUGCAUAUCCUUCUGAAGAAUCCCUUAGAAAUGAGUGACUGAAGUGUAUUUAAACAAGAUCCCUGAUCAUUUCAAUCUCAUUUUAACAGUUUGUGUGACACAUUUCAAUUUGUUUUGUGAAACUGUCACACUGUAAUCCAGUAAUAAAAAGACUGUUAUUGAAAGAUAGUGCAGUUUCAAAUAUUAGACCCGACAGCAAUCCCGCAGCUUGCAGGUGAGUGAAGCAAAAUAUUGUUGUAAAGUGAAGAGGAUGAUUUCAUAAAAGACCUAAAGACACAGCAGCAAAAAAACAGCUUGUUUAAUUCUAAGAGUCUGAGUGGGGUAUGACUUUUUUGAAAAAUAUAAAUACAAUUUUUAUUAACAUUAUAAGUUGACCUCAUGAGAAAAUAAAAUGAUAUGACCCCUUUAAAUCAUUGUAAGAAAAAAACUGAGUGUGCAUACAGUCACUGAAAACAGAAACAGAGUCAUUGAUAAUUGUUUUUGUGGUCCAUUGCCUAAAUAUCAGACAGGAGAUAAGGUCACGUCCACACUAACAUCUUGUUUUCCACGUUUUGGCCUUCCGUCCACACUGAGUCUGUUUUUGACAGCAAAAACUGAGCUUUUCGAAACGCUCUCCCAAGUGGAUACAUUUAAAAAGCCGUCUUUGCGUUGUAGUGAGGACAGGGAAGAUGGAAAUAUCUGAAAACGAUGAUGUAUUUAUUGUCAUGUGACGUAGUCACGUGAUCCAUUCAGCCCAAAACAGUCAAGAUGGCUGCCCACAUUGUAGCGGCAUUAUUGUGCCUGUUAUUCACUUUGAGAGCAUUGUUAAAGGUAAAAGCUACUUUGUACAGCCUUCACAAUUCAUUCCUUCAAAGGCGGAGUGAAAUUGACUCGGAAUUGCUGUCCUGCAACGAAACACAAGGACAAUUAAGUUUCAGCCCGUACAUGGAACGGCAGUUUUUCACAUGCGCAGUAAGGGUAUUUAAGAGUUUUAAUACAUUUUAGUGUGGACAUGAAACCUUUGAAAAACGCUUGAAAAUGGCAGUGUGGACAGAGAGCGUUUCGAAAAUGAAAGUGCUAUUUUCAAAUGUAUACGGAUUAAUGUGGACGUAGCCUAAAAUGUAUAAAAUAAUUCUGCCAACUAGAUAUGCAAAUGUGAUCACAGACAUGUAAAAAAUCAACAGAUAUUAUCAGCCUGGUCUCAUGAAAACUAAGUUUGCAAAAUUACAUUACGUGGUUCAUUACACGUAUCGCGACAGUUACGAGGUGAAAUGUCCUCUGUGUGGCGCUAAAAGGGAGUUACAUUUUCUACCAAACAGAUGAGAUUUUUUUGGUUAAUGCUCUAUGUUAAGGAUGUCCUGAAACUGGAAUCGGAGUGGGGUAUGAUAACGUGCUCAUUUACUUGUACUUGUAAAAAUACUCCAAUACCAAAAACCGAUACCAUCUUACAUACGAAAGUCAUUAUGAAAACAUACAGCACACAAAUUAAAACCACGUUAUGUCCUAGUGUGAUUAUUAAACCGUUGAUAUUUAAUAUAUAGUUUCCAUUAUCUGCACACUUCAAAGUGAAUAUGUGGAGCCGGUGCUGUGCCGACACCAGUUGCUCAUACACAGAAAACACGAUCAUAAGUGCUAAUUCACUUUGUAGCACAAGGCACAUACAGACUACAUAUUUAUUUAAUUAUAGCAGACUUUUAUGGUUUAAUAAUCACUUGUUGAUGAGAGAGGUCAACAGAGAAUGGCCAGACUGGUUCGAGCUGACAGAAAGGCUACAGUUACUCAGAUAACCACUCUGUACAAUUGUAGUGAACAAAAUAGCAUCUCUGAAUGCACAACAUGUUGAACCUUGAGGCAGAUGGGCUACAAUAGCAGAAGACAACAUCCGGCACUUUAUUAGGACCAUAGUGUUCUUAAUAAAGUGCUUAUUGAGUGUAUAUCACUAAUGUAUAGUUAUAUUCAUUGUAAUACUACUACUACUAGUAAUAAUAAUAAUAAUAAUAAUAAUAAUAAAUCAGUAGUAAUUGUAAUAUAUUUAAGCAUUAAGAAAUAUCUCACAUCUGUGAUGCUUUGUUACACAGCAAAUUAUUUGACAAAAAUAACUCCAGUGUUGUAUUUUGGAUUGUGCUGUGAGGUUCUGUAUGAAAGCAUUUCAUUUGAUAAAAAUAAUACAAUAUUAUGUUUAAAAUUAAUUGUUCUCUUUUCAUUUGAUUAAAGUUUUAAUGAAUACAUUUAUUUAAACACCAUUUUGAAGCUAAAAUUAAAAUAAACUGUUGAUAUGGAAUUCAGAAAAAAAAAAGAAAACGGGUAUCGGACUCAGUAUCGGUGAGUACAGAAAAGGAAGUAUCAGUACUCGUAUUCGUUCUCCAAACAAUUGUAUCAGGACAUCCCUACUCUAUAGUUUUAAAUGAACAAAACCGACUUACCUACUUUAAAACCUAAACCUAACCGAUAAUGUAAUAAAAGCACAUGUAAAAUGAAAAACGCUGAAGCAACCGCAAUAUUUUGUGUCGCUUCUAUGACACUUUUGACUCACUUGUCGACUCGCAUUCUCUUCAGGACUCGUACCCAGGUCCUUUGCAUCACAAGUGCAACAGUCUAUCAGUUGAGCUACUGCGCAAUUUGAACAAGCUUGUAAACUGGAUUGAUUAGGUAAUGCAAACAGGACUGGAUCUAGGGGGGUGCUGGGGUGGGCUUUGACCCCCUAAAUUAUCCAUAUGCCUCCCCAAGCACAAGUAAAGCAAAGGGUUGAAUUGUAUCAUCAUGGCGCUAACCCUAAACCUAAUGAAAUGUGCUGGAAUUGAAGACGCGCACACAAAAAACUCCCCCCACCCCCAUCGAUGCCCCCCAGUCAUAUGAUAUUGCCCCCCUAAUGUAACCGUUCUACUGUAGAUCCGGGCCUGAAUGCAAAUGUUGAAAAGUAUCGCCUAAUUAGCAAUGCACUAUAGUCAAAGUGUUUUUAUGUCAUAAAAUAGCAUUGUGUGAGGAACAGAACAAAAGUAAGUGUUUAUGAACUGUCGAUUUAAUCUGUCGAUUUAAUCAUAAUUUGUGUUUAAGGGGAAAAAAAAUAAUUGUUGUUGUAGCUCCUGUUGUGUUCAUUUUACCAGAAAACUGCCGCGAUACGUACAAUGUUUUGCUAAAAAUGUAGGUAUAGUAACGUGAGUCUAUGAGACCAGGUUGGAUAUUAUGAAACAAUUUCUGCUUAAUAAUUAUUUUCCCCAAAUGAUCAUUUUUAUUAUUGUAGGCACGACAAAUCACUUUCGACCUUUUAUUUCCCCGUGCAUCACUGUCCUAGUCUGUCAACUGAUACAAUAAUAAGCAAGAGAUUAAUGGCUGAAAAUGUUGGGGAGAAAAGAUGACAAUUACUAUUGAUUCAUGUCCCCUGUGUAAAUAUGUUAAAAAAACACUGCCUACUUCAAAUAGUCCAGUUAUGUGGCAAAUAACUGACCCUUCGCUAAGCCCUGCCUUAAAAACAUAACUGAUCAAUCAUUCCUUAGCAACUGUUCCCAUCUGACAUAUUAUCAGAAAAGCUUUUGCUCUUUUCUAAUACAUGUCUAUGGAAGUCCUGUAUGUUUGGAUAGUUUUAAACAAAAAUGAUAGAAACAGGCCAACGUAGCUGAUACCAGAGGAAAACAUACAGUGUGUUUUCCAUUUUCUUGUCUUUUUAAAAGCGUUUCAAAUUUUGUGUACAAGCAUCUACUAAACAUUUUAAAAAGAGCAGAUUUACACACAUUUGAAAUCAUCUCAAACACAUCUGCUGAAUGUCCUUUUGACAUCCGAGAGGAAAUUUCUUAUAGACGUUUUGCAGAUGAGCAAACAGUCUAAAAAUAUGUCUUCCAGAUGAAAGCACACAUUCAUUGAUUAUGCGUUUAUGCCUCUCAUCCACACUAGAGUGUUUUUCGAAAAAGCUCUCCAUAACUACAUACUUUGGAAAACCAUGACUUUAGGAAACUGAAAGCAGUGUUUUCAAAUCAAAACGGAUCAGUGUGGAUGUAGUCUAACAAUGCUUUGCAAUGUCACACUUUAUUCCAACCUGCAUAAGAAUAGCAUCCAUUCCACUUACAAUCCAUUCAACAUACCACAUUUUGAGCACAUUUUUCCUGAAAAUCGACAACAAUUAAUUCCAAUGAGAUGUUUUUCAAAACGUGUCUGAGCCUACAACAGUAACCAAGGGGGCAGAGCUUAGCAAAGAGUCAAUUCAAGUGUUCAAAAUGUUGAGAGGGACCAAAUGUAAACAUUUAAGAGUCUUCUAUUGAAACCCCCAAUGUAAUCAACCACACAUUUGAAUAAUGAGGGGGACAUGCCCCCAUCAAUGUCUAUUUGUGGCUGCAGAUCUGGGUCAAUUGAAAAUGCAUACUUUGGAAAUAGAAUCUUUAGAUCAUUAAUGGUCAAGCUGACUUAAAAUAGCUGCAUCCCUAGAAAAUGUUUGUUAUAAUCAAUAUAAUGCCUUAGUUUGAAAUGCCUAGUAUUUGUUUCAUUUGUCUGUUUGUUUUUUACCUGUAAGAGGCAUGUGCAGACCCUGCAGACAGUGAUGGAGCUCUGGCUGACUGCAGGACUGCUGAGUGAAUGUAGUCAAUACUGUCACAAACUGCUUCAAGAUGCCUGUUAGUUUUUAAGUGUACCAAAGCAGUGCAUCGUCAGAUAGGGAAUGUUAAACAUGGCUUCCAGUGGUUGUGUGUCAGUAUGCACACUAUGUGUUGAGAGAGAAUGAGUUUGUAAGCUACAUUCUAAUGGUGCUAUCUUAGGCAGGCAUGCACUUUUUGAUCCUGUGUGCAUGUGAGUAUGCUGUAUGUCCAUGUGUGUGUGUGUGUGUGUGUGUGUGUGUGUGUGUGUGUGUGUGUGUGUGUGUGUGUGUGUGUGUGUGUGUGUGUGUGUGUGUGUGUGUGUGUGUGUUUGCUUGCUCUGGACUAUUGCUACAACCCCCCCUACAGAUUUGCGAGGAUGUAUACAGCACCACUCAACUCACCAAGAUCAUCCACAAACAAUUGUCUUUCCUCUCAUAUGCACUAUGUUUAGAGACUAUGAUAAUUAUUAUUGUUAUUAAUAAUAUUGCUUCUAUUAUUAUUAUUGCCACAAUUAUUGAUUAUUAUCAUUGUUAUUUUGUUAGUUAAUUUUUAAAUUAACUUAUAUUUUUUAUACAAAAAGUUUAGCAUUUUUUUUUGUACAGAACAAAUUGUACAUUGUGGGGAAGAAAAUGGUCAUUUAGAGCCACUGCAUACUGUUGCCCGAGAUAAAUGUCUCAACUCUAAAUGUAAGAGCAGUAAUUACUUUUAUUAAAUAUUUCUGACAAAUGAAAA